UCCUCGGCGUGACUAGAGCUUCACUUCCGUCCCUCUGAGUAGCUAGUCUAAGUAUUGUUUUGCUUGUUAGUUGUGUCUUGUGGCCUUAAUUUGCCUUAGUUUCUUUAAAUUAGUCGUCUUUGCUUGUUGCGUCGUCAUUAGUGAUUUGUAGCCAGCUGUUUUUACCGGUUAAACUCCUAGUCUUGAUUGAUUGUCAGCUGUGCAAUAUUGGUAGUAAUUAGUAUCGCGUAAAUCUUUGAUCGGUAACUUUGUUUCAUCCCCGUUUUAUCUGCGCAGCUGUUUUGGUUCAAGGUAUUGUAAAUUGCUUGUAUUUGAUCCGUUUAGAGCCGCUUAUCGCUACAUUAUUUGAGUAAUUACGCGGCACUUCAAAUAGUGUUUCUGAGCGACGCUAGUUUAAAACUGCUGCUUUCUAGAACUUCUUCAGAAAGUGCAUUCUCCUCGGCGUGACUAGAGCUUCACUUCCGUCCCUCUGAGUAGCUAGUCUAAGUAUUGUUUUGCUUGUUAGUUGUGUCUUGUGGCCUUAAUUUGCCUUAGUUUCUUUAAAUUAGUCGUCUUUGCUUGUUGCGUCGUCAUUAGUGAUUUGUAGCCAGCUGUUUUUACCGGUUAAACUCCUAGUCUUGAUUGAUUGUCAGCUGUGCAAUAUUGGUAGUAAUUAGUAUCGCGUAAAUCUUUGAUCGGUAACUUUGUUUCAUCCCCGUUUUAUCUGCGCAGCUGUUUUGGUUCAAGGUAUUGUAAAUUGCGUGUAUUUGAUCCGUUUAGAGCCGCUUAUCGCUACAUUAUUUGAGUAAUUACGCGGCACUUCAAAUAGUGUUUCUGAGCGACGCUAGCGUCGCUCCUCCUCAGUUUUAUGCAAGCUCUUCCCAUCUCUGUCUGCUCUCUGCCCUACAGCACCCGGUUCCAAAGACGUGGCCCCCCUAAGCGACGGAACCCAGCUAACCUCUCCUACCCCCAGCUAUCUCCCUGCAAUAACUGCACAGUUGCUGGAGGACUUUGGAACUGCCAGUCUGCUUCAAAGAAGGCUGAUUUCAUCUCAGCCUAUGCCUCCCUGCUCUCCCUUGAUUUCCUUGCCCUCACUGAGACAUGGAUCACCCCAGAGAACACUGCAACCCCUGCUGCCCUCUCCUCUUUCUUUUCAUUCUCCCACACUCCCCGACCAUCAGGCCGUGGUGGUGGCACUGGUCUCCUAAUCUCUCCCUCCUGGAAAUACUCAGCCCUACCUCUCUCUGACCUACCCCGAUUCAGUUUUGAAUACCAUUCUGUUUCAAUCACCUGUCCAACUAAUCUAUACAUUGUUGUCAUUUAUCGCCCCCCAGGUCCACUGGGAAACUUCAUCGAUGAGCUGGAUAUCCUACUCAGCUCUUUCCCUGAGGACGGCACCCCACUGAUCCUGCUUGGAGAUUUCAACCUCCACCUGGAAACAUCCCAGUCUUCAGCUGUCCUACAUCUCCUCCACUCCUUUGACCUCUCCCUACAGUCAUCUCCCCCUACCCACAAGGCGGGCAACCUCCUCGACCUGGUUUUUCUGAGGAAUAGCCCUUGCACCGAUAUCACUGUAACCCCUCUGCACACCUCUGACCACCACUUCGUUUCCUUCUCCCUCCCCCUUGCUCCCUCUCACCCACCUUCUCCCCCCACACCCACUGUAUCUGUCCGCCGCAAUCUCUGCUCCCUCUCAACCUCCUCUCUUGCUUCAUCUGUCACUGCUGCCCUCCCUCCUCUCGAAUCCUUCACUACCCUCCCCACUGAUUCUGCAUCCACCUCCCUACUUUCCUCCCUUACAUCUGCUCUUGACUCCCUCUGCCCCACUGUCUCUAGGCCAACACGUCCAUCUCCUCCCCGCCCGUGGAUGUCCAAUGCCAUACGCACCUCCAGGGUUGGACUCCGUGCAGCAGAGAGGAAGUGGAGGACAUCCAGAGAUGCUUUAGACCUCUCUGCCUACCAAUCCCUCCUUGCAGCGUUCUCCUCCACGGUGACUGCUGCCAAGGCAAUCUCACCCGAGAUUCUCCCAUUCAUCACCUCCCUGGUUAACUCCUCCCUGACAUCCGGCUGCUUCCCGUCAACCUUCAAGAAGGCCCUCAUCUCCCCCCUCCUGAAAAAGACCACACUAGACCCCUCCAUCAUUGGGAACUACAGACCGGUAUCUCUCCUUCCAUUUCUGUCAAAAACCAUUGAACGUGCUGCAUCAAAUCAACUCUCUGUGUUUCUUUCACAGAAUGAGCUCCUCGAUCCCCAUCAGUCUGGAUUCAGACCAGGCCACUCGACAGAGACCGCACUCCUCUCUGUCAACGAAGCUCUCCACGCAGCCCGAGCAGCCUCCCUCUCCUCCGUCUUAUUACUUCUGGACCUAUCGGCAGCCUUCGACACAGUCGACCACCCCACCCUCCUGUCCUCCCUAUCUGCAAUGGGGAUCUGUGGCACAGUCCUCAAUUGGAUUGAGUCUUACCUCUCAGAUCGCUCCUUCCAGGUCUCAGCCCGCAUCACUGCCUGCCUGAGUGAUAUUCAGAGCUGGAUGGUCCGCCACCAUCUCAAGCUCAAUCCAGGUAAGACAGAGCUCAUUUAUAUUCCGGCUCUUAACUCCCCUCUCUCUGAUCUCUCUAUCUCCCUAGGUAAUACCAUCCUCACACCGUCACCCUCAACUAGAAACCUUGGCGUGGUGAUGGACAACAGACUGUCCCUCACCGAGCACAUUUCAGCAGUGACACGUUCAUGCAGGUUCUUCCUGUAUAACAUCCGGAGGAUCCGCCCCUUCCUCACAACUUACUCGACCCAACUCCUCGUCCAGGCAGUGGUCCUGUCCCGCCUGGACUACUGUAACUCCCUGCUUGCUGGCCUCCCAGCAUCAUCUAUCAGACCCCUGCAACUCAUCCAGAACGCAGCAGCGCGUCUGGUCUUCAACCUCCCCAGACAUUCCCACGUUACCCCCCUGCUCACCACCCUCCACUGGCUCCCCGUGAUGGCUCGCAUCAAAUUUAAAACAUUAGUGCUUGCCUUCAAAGCAGCCAGGGGGUCAGCCCCUCCCUAUCUACGUCAACUCAUCAGACCCUACACCCCAGCUAGACCUCUCCGUUCUGCUGCCACAUGUCGCCUGGUCCCUGCCCCGGCUCGCACCAGCACCCGGUCACGCCUCCUGUCUGUUCUAGCCCCACGGUGGUGGAAUGACCUUCCUGUGCAAGUCAGAACAGCAGAGACCCUGGCCGUCUUCAAACGUAGACUGAAGACUCACCUCUUCAAGCUACAUCUCACCUCAUCACCCCCCACUACCCUCUAACAUUUUCUUUUCUAAAAAAAAAAAAAAAAAAAAAAAAAAAAAAAAAAAAAUAGGGUGUACAAUUCACACUUAUACCUAAGCAAAGUUAUACCUAUUGUAGCUCUCUUGCAGGAAUGUUGUAAAGCGCUUGUCUCUGAGUUUUGUAAUGCACUUGUUGUAAGUCGCUCUGGAUAAGAGCGUCUGCUAAGAACCUAUAAUGUAAUGUAAUGUA